AUAAAAAUCGUCAUCAUUUUUCUUCAUCCAAGUCUUCAUCAUCAUCAUCAUUAUCAUCGAAAAAAAUUUUCUAUCUCAGUAAAUCAUAUCUUUUAGCAAAUUCCGGCAAAAUUGAUCGUUUCGGUUUAAUUAACGCUUUGCCUGAUGCUGAAAUAUCAUCGAAAAAUUAUCCAUAUUACAACGAAUCAGUACAAUUCGAGCAAAGAUCACUAUUAUUAGAUAAAGUUGUUGAUAUUGAUGGUGAAAGCAGUGAUAGUGAUCAACAUCAUCAACAACAACAAACAAAUAAUAAUAUUCAAGUAUCGAAACGAAUCGAACAAUUAAUCAAUACAAUUUUUCAGAAUUUUUGGUCGCUACCAACAUUUACUAGUAAUAAUCAUCAUCAACAACAACGAACAACAACGGUGUCUUCAGUAUCAUCGGAGGAAAGUGGUCUCGGAUCGACCGAAUCUGCAGCCCUAUUAAGAGGUGUUGGUAGAUCGGGUGGAUCACGAGUGACCACAGCAAUACACGGAAUUAAUACUUCAUCUGCUGCAAUACGUAUUGAUCCAUACGAUUCAUUAGCUACAACAAGCCGAAAUCGUGAUCCUGAAACCAAUGAUUAUCCGAUCGGAAAAAAAAUCCGUAACGGCCGAAAUAAAUCACGAUCCUCAACAAAAAAUUUUUUUCAUUUCAUAUUCUGCGGUCUUUGCAUGGCCUGGUCUGAAUGUUUCAGCAGGAUAUUUCGUUUUAUCCUGCGAAAAAAAUCCCUUAAACCACGUAUUGUACAUGUUCGAUCAUCUGAAGAUCGAUAUCGUAAAAAUGAAUUUCCACCCAAUAUUGUCCGUAAUCAAAAAUAUACCAUCCUGACAUUUUUACCCAUCGUUUUGUUCAAUCAGUUUAAAUUCUUUCUAAAUCUAUAUUUUCUUUUAAUGGCAUGUUCACAAUUCAUACCGGCAUUAGCGGUAGGUCCAAUUUUCACUUAUUGGGCACCGCUUGGUUUUGUACUUGGUGUCACACUUAUACGUGAAAUGGUCGAUGAUCUAUUACGAUAUAAACGUGACAAAGCAGUGAAUAGUCAAUUCUAUAUGAAAUUAACUAGCACAAAUGGAACGCAAGCAAUACCAAGUGCCAAGAUUCGUGUUGGUGAUAUUAUACUAGUGGGCAAAGAUCAACGCGUGCCUGCUGAUAUGAUAUUUUUACGUACAUCGGAAAAAAAUGGUGCCUGUUUCAUACGUACAGAUCAGUUAGAUGGAGAAACUGAUUGGAAAUUAAGACUAGCAUUGACUACCACACAAGAAUUGGAUAAUAAUGAAGAUAUUUUCGAAUUAGAUGCCGUUGUCAAUGUGGAAGAACCAAGACGUGAUAUUCAUAGUUUUGUGGGAAAAUUUGUCAAUAUUUCCAAUGGAAAAGAAGUGCCUCUAUCGAUCGAAAAUACAUUCUGGGCCAACACGGUCGUCGCUUCUGGUACGGCCAUUGGUAUUGUUAUUUACACCGGACCGGAAACUCGAUCAAUGAUGAACAAUAAUGAACCACGUAGUAAAGUUGGCCUUUUAGAUUAUGAAGUCAAUGAGCUAACUAAAUUAUUAUUUGCCGCUGUUGUCAUAUUGGCAUUCGCAAUGAUCUGUCUCAAAGGAUUCUCAGCCUAUUGGUACAUUUAUUGGUUUCGUUAUGUACUUUUAUUUAGUUAUAUCAUUCCGAUAAGUUUACGUGUCAAUCUUGAAAUGGGACGUGUUGUCUAUUGUCAAAUGAUUCAACGUGAUAUGGAAAUUGCCGGUACAUUGGCUAGGACGACAACCAUUCCCGAAGAUCUUGGUCGUAUCGCAUAUUUACUAACUGAUAAAACCGGAACAUUAACUAAAAAUGAAAUGAUAUUUAAAAAAAUUCAUUUCGGUCGAAUAUCCUAUAACCAAGAAUAUUUUGAUGAAGUAACCGCCAUAUUACGUGCAUAUUAUAAUCCAACCCAGGUAACCAAUAGUGGUGCUCAAACUGGGCAACCAGUAUCGAAUUAUCAGACACAUCGUCGUGAAAGUUCCACAGCAUCAACGUCAAGUUUUACAUUCGAAAGACGUCGUUGUCAUAUGCGUAUUGAUUCGUAUGAAGUUGACCGCGAAAUUGUUUACCGUGUACAACAAUCAGUGUUGGCCAUUGCCUUAUGUCAUAAUGUUACGCCUGCCUAUGAAAAUCAAUUUGAAACUGGUGGUAAGAAUAUUUCCGAUUUUGAUCAAGAUCAAAAUUCAAUCAGUAUACCAAUGAAAGAUGUUGGCAUUAUGUAUCAUGCGUCCAGUCCAGAUGAAGUGGCCUUGUACAAUGCAGAAAAAGUUGGAAUCACUUUGAUAUUUCGUGAUAUAAAAAAUAUAAAGCUUAAAAACCCGUUCGGACAGAUAAUGAAUUUUGAAAUAUUAGAAAUAUUUCCCUUCUCUUCCGAAACAAAACGAAUGGGCAUCAUUGUUAGAGAUCUGAAUACAAAAGAAAUCGUUUUCUAUUUGAAGGGCGCCGAUACGGUCAUGUCAUCAAUCAUCACCUACAGUGAUUGGCUACAAGAACAAUGUGAUAAUAUGGCUAGAUCAGGUUUACGCACAUUGGUUGUUGCUAAAAAAAUUUUAGAUGAUGAUCAAUUUCAAGAUUUUCAAGAUCGUUAUAAUCAAGCUAAAUGUAAUAUGAAUGAUCGUAGUGCGCGUAUAAAGGCCGUAUUGGCAUCUCUUGAAAAAGAUAUGGAACUAUUGUGCCUUACAGGUGUCGAAGAUCGACUACAGGAUGGUGUGGCAACAACAUUGAAAGGUCUUCAAGAUGCCGGAAUCAAGCUAUGGAUGUUGACAGGCGAUAAACUUGAAACGGCCAUUUCCAUAGCAAAAUCAUCGCAGUUGGUUAAAAAGAUGCAGGAAUUUUAUGUAUUCAGACCGGUUACAAGUCGAAAUGAAGUGCAUUUAGAAUUGAAUAAUUUUCAUCGUAAAAGUGAUUGCCCAUUAGUAAUACGUGGAGAAGAUCUUGAAUUGUGUAUGAAAUUUUAUUCGGCUGAAUUCAUGGACCUUGCUACACAAUGUCCAGCUGUUGUUUGUUGUCGUUGUUCGCCAACACAAAAAGCCGAAGUUGUCAAAAUGAUACAGAUGCGUACAGGAAAACGAACGUGCGCCGUUGGUGAUGGUGGCAAUGAUGUUUCAAUGAUACAAACGGCCAAUGUAGGCAUUGGUAUUGUUGGCAAAGAAGGUCAACAGGCAUCAUUGGCUGCUGAUUUUUCAAUACUACAGUUUUCCAAUAUAUACCGAUUAAUUCUUCUUCAUGGCCGUUAUUCAUAUAAACGUUCAGCAUCAUUAAGUCAAUUUAUCAUUCAUCGUGGUCUCAUCAUAUCCACAUUGCAAGCAAUAUUUUCAUCGGCAUUCUAUUUUGCAUCGGUACCUUUAUAUCAAGGUUUUCUUAUGAUCGGCUAUGCGACAUUCUAUACAAUGUUUCCUGUAUUUUCCAUUGUUCUCGACAAAGAUGUCUCACCCAGACUAGUCAUGAAAUUUCCCGAACUUUAUAAAUUAAUGAAAGGACGUUCAUUAUCAUAUAAGACAUUUUUUAUAUGGGUACUCAUAUCCAUUUAUCAGGGAAGUGUCAUCAUGUAUGGAUCGAUUCUUCUAUUCAAUGAUGAAUUUAUCCAUGUUGUUGCUAUUACAUUCACGGCAGUCAUUCUUACAGAACUUCUUAUGUUGGCAUUAACUGUUCGUACAUGGCAUUGGUUGAUGAUUGUAGCCGAAUUGAUUUCAUUUUCAUCAUAUCUGCUCACAUUAAUAUUGGCGCCACAAUUUUUUGAUGAAAAGUUUAUUCAAUCACGAGAUUUCCUAUGGAAAGUUACCUUAAUGACCUUAAUUAGUUGUCUUCCACUCUAUCUUUUAAAAUUCUUACAUCGGAAAAUAGCACCACCAAGUCAUCAGAAACUAACAUAACACGGGUCAACCAUAUGUUUAUAAAUGUAUGGCUAACCUCAAAAUUUCAUGGAUCAAAUUUAUAGAUUUUAAAAAUCAAUAAUCACAAAACAUUCAAAAUCUUGUUCAUUGUAAUUUCUUUUUUUUUGUUUCUUUUCU